AAUUAAUCUAGAGUGACAAUUGUAGCACAGCGGAUGCAAAUAGUCUAAGUCUUUGAAAUGUUGCGACAAUCCGAACAUUUGCAAUUUCGCCGACGGCAAGCGCUUGUCAUUUUGAGCUUUAUAGUAAUCCUUUGCUUGGAUUUUUCUUAUGCCGAUAAUCCUAACAAUAAGGAUGAAGAUACCACGGUACCAGAUACUGCUCUCAUACAUCGUAUGGCUAAAGCUCCUUUGAAGCUUGUCAGCGAAAUUCGCCACGCAGUCGCUGGUAAAGAACCUGCAUCGAACGGUGUCGGCGAGAACGCCGCCAAUCCGAAAAGCCCUGAAAAACCUGUAGGCUCCGCCAAUAAUGGUGCUGCUGUGCAAUCUGAUGAUGUCCAAUCUGAUAGUGUCUCAUAUCAAUAUCAAUACCAAAGUUAUCCUAGUAAUGGAUACGGAUAUUAUCAAUUGCGUGGUUGAGGUAGUUUCAAGUAGCUCUGGAAUCAUAGUACUAUUCAAAUAAAUUUAAUAAAUAUCUUGCGGGUCUAAGUUGGUGUUAGCUUAUACAAGAAAUACAGAAACAUAUCGAAUAGUAUAUCGAAUUAUCUU